AGUCUGUUCCUGUCCUGUUGGUGGCCGAUCCAAACCAGACGGUGGAUCUGAUGCCCACCUCAGACAUGUACAGGAAACUAGUCUGGACACGAGCUGGCGCAUUUCGUGGCCUUUCUGACAAAUGAAUCGAAACUUUAUUUUUACAAACAACUGUUUUAUUUAGUUAACAUAAAGUUUGCUGUUCUCUUAUCAUGUUGAGCUGUUCGGCUACCGGAACAGGAAAUCGCUUGAGCAGGGGGCGGGGCUUACUCCGUACUUUAGGACCCCGCGGACUCAGCGGCUGCACUAAGGGCUGUGACGUCAGGGCUGCUGCUGCUGUCAGCGCGUCAGGAAAGAUGGCGGCGGAGGGGAGCAGGUUGAAGCAGAGGAAUCACAAAAACAGCAUCUUCAAAGAAGGUGGCUUCAGAUCAGACCCGUCCCCCAUGAGGUGUGAGGAAGAUGACGAUCUGCUGGAGGAGGAGGAGACGGGCGCGGCCCGGCCGGUGCAGAUCGUGGUGGCCGAUGAGGAGGAGCACUCGUUCUCGCUGCAGGAGGAGGCGCUGGAGCGGCUGCUGCUUCGGGAGGAGCUGCAGGACCUCCACGUGGUCGUGGUCUCCGUGGCCGGAGCUUUCCGCAAGGGCAAGUCCUUCCUGCUGGACUUCAUGCUGCGCUACAUGUACAAACAGUCGUCCGGCUCGUGGCUCGGCGGGGAGGACGAGCCUCUGACCGGCUUCACCUGGCGAGGCGGCUGCGAGCGGGAGACCACGGGCAUCCUGGCCUGGAGCGAGGUGUUCGUGGUGGAGAAAGCGGACGGCAGUCAGGUUGCAGUUCUGCUCAUCGACACACAGGGGGCGUUUGACAGCCAGUCCACCAUCAAAGACUGUGCCACACUGUUCGCCCUGAGCACCAUGACCAGCUCAGUCCAGGUGUACAACCUGUCCCAGAACGUCCAGGAGGACGACCUGCAGCACCUUCAGCUCUUCACCGAGUACGGACGACUGGCCAUGGAGGAGGUCUACGAGAAACCCUUUCAGACUCUGAUGUUCCUGAUCAGAGACUGGAGUUACCCGUACGAACAUCCGUACGGCCUGGACGGAGGGCGGAGCUUCCUGGAGAAGCGGCUGCAGGUGAAGCAGAACCAACACGAGGAGCUGCAGAAUGUCAGGAAACACAUCCACUCCUGCUUCUCCAACAUCAGCUGCUUCCUGCUGCCCCACCCGGGCCUCAAGGUGGCCACCAACCCCCACUUUGACGGGCGGCUCAGAGACAUCGAUGAGGACUUCCAGAAGGCACUGGUGAACCUCGUCCCGACGCUGCUCUCUCCUGACAACCUGGUGGAGAAGGAGAUCGGAGGAGUUAAGAUCACCUGCAGGGACUUGCUGCACUACUUCAAAGCCUACAUGAAGAUCUACCAGGGAGAGGAGCUGCCUCACCCCAAGUCCAUGCUGCAGGCGACAGCUGAAGCUAAUAACCUCGCAGCUGUAGCGGGAGCCAAAGAUGUAUACAACAAAAGCAUGGAGCAGGUCUGCGGCGGGGACAAGCCCUACAUUUCCCCGUCUGAGUUGGAGCGUUGCCACACGGAGCUGCGGCAGGCGUCAGUGCAACAAUUCCGCUCCGUGAAGAAGAUGGGCGGCGAGGAUUUCUGCCGGCGCUACCAGGAGCAGCUAGAGGCCGAGCUCGACGAGGCCUACGCCAACUUCAGCAAGCACAACGACGGCAAGAACAUCUUCUACGCCGCGCGGACACCCGCCACGCUGUUCGCCGUCAUGUUCGCCAUGUACGUGGUGUCGCUGGUCACGGGCUUUGUGGGCAUCAGCUCAGUGGCCACGCUGUGUAACCUGGUGAUGGGCGUGGCUCUGACGGCGCUCUGCAUCUGGGCUUACGUCAAAUACUCCGGAGAGUUCCGCGAGGUUGGAGGAAUCAUCGACCAGGUGGCCGAAACCCUGUGGGAGCAGAGGACUCCUCGAAAGGUUUUCUCCAAACUCUUUGAAGUGGCCCGGAGUCGAGUCCCGCUGGGAAGCCUGAUCCCGGUGCCACGGCCCCGGCUCGCCUCAAACAACAACGUUAAGAAGAAAAACUAGCAGCACGCCGUGCGGGCGCCGUCACGUUUCCCCCGUCCCCCGGCUCGGGCUGCGGGGCGGUUUGAGACGUGUAAAUCGGUUUUGGUUGUGACUGUAGGUGCAGGCUGUAGGUUUAAGGACUCGCUGUGGAUCUGGGCGGUCUGCUGUAUUUUGUUACUCGUUAGUGGGCGGGGUUAAGGUAUUUAUUGGUGGGUGGGGCCAUUUGAUCACCGAGUGUCACCCCAGGUGUGUGUGUGUUCACCUGUGGAGUGACUCCACAUUAAUGAUUCCCAUUUAUGUGAAUGUAUGCGUGAAGAGCACGACCACAGACCCUCCUCAUGGUUUCCCUCUCGUCGUCUCCGUCGCCGGGUGGCGUCAUGAGGUGGAGUCACAACCAAAGUUUACAGCUUUACUCGUAGAGGCUCUCAGACUGAAACUGCUGGCUCAAGGUUUGUAGGACUUGGAGGGAACUUUUACCGACUCGGCCAGAAUCACAAACUCGUGGAGGUCUCUGGGCUCGGGCUGGCCGACCUCGGACCACUCCGCUCCUGACGAGGCAUCCACGAGUUUGUCCGAAUCUGAGGCGAAACGGCAAAAUUUCCCCCAACGUGGCUGAGCCCUGAAGACACCACGGAGGCCGAUGUGAGCCAAGAGCGUCUGUAGUUUGGCAUUUUUAAACCGGAUCACGACUUGAUUAUUUUUUAGAUUAUGAGACAUGAUCACGACUUUCAGUGUUGACUCUUGUUGCUCGUUUACUUAAAAUGUUGUUCAUUUUGGUGGCCAUUGGCCCGGAGCCGAAGAGCUGGAGUCUCGGACUGCUUCAUCCCUCCAGCUCUGCGCUUAUCGCGCAAACGCAAGACUGAUACGCCUUUUCGCCGAAAUGUUCGAGUACUUCUCCAGUUGAUUGCCUCUGGAGUUUUGUCUGUGGAUGUCAGGCUUGUAACCGUUUCCAUAUUUAAACUGAACAUCUCAGUCGUCUCGAGCUGAGUGCGUCCGAGAACGAAGCUCCUCCAGUCAGGCUCAGACGUGAUAUUUAAUUAUUUAACUCGAGUUUUGUUCUCCUCCUUCACGCUCUGACGGACUGAAGCACAUCCUUCUGUGUUUAAAUCACCACAAGCUGUUCUAGUAAAACACUAAAAGUCCUUUGAGCCGCUGCGUCACCAACACAACGUGGACGUUCCGAAGACGGGAUCACCUUCUCCGUCUUUAAAGCCAAAAUCUGUGAAUCGGGUGGAUGAAGGUUUCAUUCCAAACGUCCCCUUUCUUCGGUCAUUCCAUCCACAACAUCACGACUGUGUGCUUUUUGUUCUUGUACAGUUGAGUUUUGUACAGCCUCAUCCACGCACUGGGCAUGUGUAUGAAAUAUAUACAUAUAUAAAUAUAAAUUUUCUAGACUUUUUGUAGCUGGAAGAACCACGGUUUGGCUGGUAGACCAGAUUCAGCUCACUGGAUGUAAAGGAAUGCUUUCGUGAUUUGUGGAUAUGUCUAAUAAACUCCUUUUUUUAUAUAUAUUUGUACAUUUAAUCUUACAUGAGCACUGCGAUUCCACCCCCUGCUGGCAAAGAAUGUUUAUAAUCUGGAUACUCGUUUGUCUUCUGUUGCAUUUUAAAGUUAUUUUCGUUAAUUUAUUUUUCAGUAUAAUAUUAAACCAAACUCCUACAACA